CAUUCACUUGUAUUUUUUUCUUAUUGAAUAAGAGAGUUGCAGUUGAAGAGAAUAAAGUGGAUAGACUUUCAGAUCUUCGUGUUAAUGUCAUAAACAGGAAUGAGUAUCAAGAGUACGUCGAUCUUGAUGAUGCUGCAAGAAUGAGUAUCUUGUCUAGUAAAUGGAGAUACAUUUGGAUCUAUGACUACUUCUGUAGAAAGAGAAAUCAAUCAGGAAUAAUACAUGUAAUCAACCAAAUUCUGUCACUCCAUUCAUGUGGAGAACCUAUUAAGACAUUUUUCCUUGACAUUUUACCAAUACGUUUCUCCGACCACUCUGUUCUUGAUCAAUGGAUAUUGUUCUUGUCAAAAAAUGGCCUUUUGGAACCCACCCUUAAGAAAAACAACACUCACCCUUAAGAAAAACAACAAUCUCAAUGCUCCAUAUAAAUUGCCCUUGUGCAUAUAUGGCCUUGAAUUACUACAACAUUUGUGUCUCUCCAACUCUAUUUUCAUACCACCUAGUUGCAAUUUCAGAGGUUUCCCCAGGCUGGAGAAUAUUUCACUUACUGAUGUCAUCUUUGAUUUAGAGUCCUGUUUCGUCCUCUGCUUACCCAUCCUCAAGAAGCUGUCGUUUGUAAGAUGCAGAGGUCUUUAUCGCUUAAAUAUACAUGCCCCUCAACUUGUAAGUUUCGCCAUGUCUGGCAAAGGCAGUGGCACCUUUAACUUGCAUAGUAUCCUCUACUGCCAGAACCUGGAUGAACUUACAUAUUACCCACAAGAAGAAGUUGAGGUGAUUAACAUACCAAAGCUUCCCAUUGUCUGCCCCAAAAAUGAGACACUUCGUUUUUUGACCGAUACUCUCUCAAGGUAAUAUGCAAAUCUUGUUUUUUCGCGUUCAGAAUGCAUGAUGUAAGUAUAAAUAUUCUGCUUUGGGAGAGUAGAAAUUUUUGAUUAACUUAUUUGCCGCGUAUAUGUCUAAUUUUGGGCAUCUGGAAAUUGUUGCAAAGUGGCUCCUGACAAGCUUUAGAACCUUGAACAUGCUCCAUUUGUGUGACUUGAAUCUUAAUAACAAAGGGCAAAUGUGUUCCCUUGUAUACUUGCUUACAAGUCCAAAUCUGAGGUCGUUGUGUACUGUGAUUGAUUGUACGAAGAGCAGUGGAAUGAAAGCAAGUCUUUUGGAGAUAGAGCGCUGCAAGAAUAUUAAACAACUUAAUAACCUUGAAAUUUUGCGUUUAAGACAAUUCCAGGGUUCAUUGGAGGAAAUUUGGUUUGUGAUGUCUGUUCUCGCCUCUACACCGUUGCUCAAGAAAAUAAUCGUUUCAUUCCAUAGAGGAGUCGAUGAAGCGAAAGCCUGGAGGAUUUACCAGUGGUUGAUGUGCUUGACGAUUCUGCCUGGAUCACCUCAUAAUAUGUGAACCACUGGAAAAAUAUCAAGUCAGAUUAUAUGGAUGCUGUAAAAGAUUAAAAUCAUGACAUAUCCCCCUUGUGUUUUCUUUACUUUUCAUCAUCUUAAUUAAGUACCUUUACCUUCUAUCUGUUGCAUAUUACAAUGACAUUUAUAUUUUGUUAGAGAUUUAUAAGCUCAUCAAAUCUGGACUAUCAGUUCGUUACAUAUUGACAAUUAUGGUGUGUGGUAAGAUGGUUGGAAUCUCUCCAAGAUGUUGUGGAUUGGAAACACGGGAAUGAAAAACUUUUUGGUAGGGGGUGUUUUACCCCCUUAGUGCAACAGAAGUAAACCAAAGAACAAAAAUUAAAGAAAAGUCUAAACAAUAAUAGCCUC